UUCCAUAGACCCUUAAUGAUGAUUCAACACCUAACUCAGCCAUCACCCAGAAUAAUUCAACAAACAAUAUAGUAGACAUUGCCGGUGAAGAUUAACAUAAAAUAUGUUUACAAAUUUCUCCAUCUUGAAGUAACUACGCUCAAAGAUAGGCACAUCCAUGGACAGCUAUAUAUAUAUAUUAAUUAGUUCAUGUAAUCACAAAAAUAUACCUAUCAAAGUAACAUGGCCAUUCUUCCAUCCAUGCUUGUUAUUACAGAGCUUUUACUUUUACUGUCUCAAACUUCCUUUGCAACCGAUACCAUUACCCAAUCUACGCCACUGCCUGAUGAUGGCAGAACCUUGAUUUCCAAGGAUGGAAGCUUUGAGUUAGGUUUCUUCAGUCCAGGUAGCUCAUCAAACCGCUAUGUAGGCCUAUGGUACAAGAAUAUCCCAGUUAGAAGAGUUGUUUGGGUUCUCAACCGUGACAAUCCACUCAAAGAUAAUAACUCCGGCGAGUUGAUCAUAAGUAAAGAAGGAAAACUCCUGCUUCUCAACCAUAAUCAAUCUCUUGUUCUAUGGUCAACAAACACAAAGGCUUCGAGUCCUAUCGCGCAACUUUUGGACAGUGGAAAUCUAGUACUUAGAAAUGAAAUGGAAACAAGUUUUCUAUGGGAGAGUUUUGACUACCCUUGUGAUACAUUUAUGCCUGAAAUGAAGUUUGGACCUAACCUUAAAACCGGUCUUGAAAGACGUCUUACGUCAUGGAAAAGUUGGGAUGAUCCGUCGUCCGGAGACUUAAGUUACGCAAUGGUAGUUACUAACAAUCCUGAAGGCUUUAUGUGGAAGGGCUCAACGAAAUACAGCAGAACGGGACCAUUGACGGGUCCUCAGUCUACUGCAGUUGUUGGAAUAAAGAAAAAUCCACUUUAUGAUUACAAAACUGUCACCAAUGAAGAUGAAGUGUAUUAUAUGUACACACUCAAGAAUAAAUCUGUGAUCACCAUAGGAGUUGUGAACCAAACUCUUUCUGUUCGCCUCCGCGUCCUUUGGGUUCCUGAAUCAAAAACAUGGAAUGGUUACCAAUCUUUUCCACAGGAUAGUUGUGAUGUUUAUAAUGCAUGCGGUGAUAAUGGACGUUGCAUUAUUGAUGGAUCUCCAAUGUGUCAAUGUUUAGAUGGAUAUGAGCCGAAAUCACCCAAACAUUGGAAUGUGAUGGAUUGGACAAAAGGAUGUGUGCGAAGUGGAAAUUGGAGUUGUGGAGUCAAAGGAAGAGACGGAUUUCGGAAUUAUGUUGGGAUCAAAACUCCGGAUACUACAAAUUCUUGGAUUGAUGGAAAGAUGACAGUUGAAAAUUGUAAGGCCAAAUGCAUGGAGAAUUGUUCUUGCACAGCAUAUACAUACUUAAACUCACUUGGAGGAGGCACUGGUUGUUCUGUUUGGUUUGGAAAUCUAAAGGAUUUAAGAGUUUCUUUAACUGGACAAGAUCUAUAUGUUCGAACUCACGCUUCAGAUAUUGAUACUAAACAUGGUCAUGGAAAAAAGAGACUCUUGGCGGUUUCAAUCACAGUUUCGAUUGUGCUUGUGAUGAUAUUGGCAAUCUCUUAUGUUUAUGUAACCAAAACAAAGUACAAAGUGGACAAAGAAAAAAUCAUGUGGACACAAGAGAACAAUGAAGGUGUACUUGAAGAUUUUGAACUUCCUAUCUAUGAUUUUGCUACAAUAAACAAGGCUACAAAUAACUUCUCAAUCAACAAUAAGUUAGGAGAAGGUGGUUUUGGACCAGUAUAUAAGGCUACAUUGCAUGAUGGACAAGUGAUUGCAGUGAAAAGACUUUCUGGAAAUUCAGGACAAGGAUUAAAAGAAUUUAAAAAUGAAGUUAUAUUAUGUGCUAAAUUGCAGCAUCGAAAUCUUGUUAAGGUUCUUGGUUGCUGCAUUGAAGGAGAGGAAAAAAUGCUUCUUUAUGAAUACAUGCCAAAUAAAAGUCUCGAUUAUUUUAUUUUUGAUACAAUUCAAAGUAAGUUAUUAGAUUGGUCUAUGCGCUUUAACAUCUUGAAUGCGACUGCUCGAGGAAUUCUUUAUCUUCACCAAGAUUCUAGAUUAAGGAUCAUACAUAGGGAUCUCAAAGCGAGUAAUAUCUUACUAGACGGUGACAUGAAUCCAAAAGUUUCAGAUUUUGGAAUGGCUAGAAUGUGUGGAGGUGAUCAAGUAGAAGGAAAAACAAGGAGAAUAGUUGGCACGUAUGGUUAUAUGUCCCCUGAAUACAUUAUUCAUGGACAUUUUUCUAUAAAAUCAGAUGUCUUCAGUUUUGGAGUAUUGAUGUUAGAAAUUAUAUGUGGAAAGAAAAAUGGAACAGUAAAGCACUAUGAAAAGGAUCACAAUCUUAUAUGGCAUGCAUGGAGAUUGUGGAAAGAAGGCAUUCCAAAUGAGUUGAUUGAAGAUGGUUUGAGAGACUCGUGUAUUUUACCUCAAGUUUUACGUUGCAUUCAAAUUGGUCUCCUAUGUGUGCAACAUUUUCCUGAUGAUAGGCCAGACAUGAUUUCUGUAGUAAUGAUGUUAGGUAGUGAAAUUACUUUACCUCAACCUAACGAACCUGGUUUCUUGGCUCAAAAUGUAGUCAUUGAAGGAAAAACAUCUUCCACGAAUGGAGUAACUAUGUCUCUAUUAACCGCAAGAUAGAUAAAUUAGUCUAUUUAUUACCUUGUGAGGUAUAUUAUGUAACGUGUCAUUGUAAGUCUACAUUCUUGGUAUGUG